CGACGGUGUAGUUUUCCUCCAUUUCUCUCCCAGCUGAGUUUUCACGGCGGCCUUGUGCGACGGAGAGAGAGAGAGGAGAAAGAUCGGCGGUCUAUUCAUCUUCGUCUCCGCUUAUAACCCUUCUUCUCUCUCCGCCGGUUGAGCUGAGCAAUUCCCCAUCUCAAUCGCCAUGAAUGAGAAGGCUAAUGUUUCCAAGGAGCUGAACGCCAAGCACAGAAAGAUUCUAGAAGGUCUUCUUAAACUGCCCGAGAACAGAGAAUGUGCUGAUUGCAAAGUAAAAGGUCCAAGGUGGGCUAGCGUGAAUUUAGGAAUCUUUAUAUGCAUGCAGUGCUCAGGGAUCCACAGAAGUCUUGGAGUGCACAUAUCUAAGGUUAGAUCUGCCACACUUGAUACAUGGCUUCCAGAACAAGUUGCAUUUAUCCAGUCAAUGGGAAACGAGAGGGCAAAUUGUUACUGGGAAGCAGAACUACCUCCAAAUUAUGACAGGGUUGGAAUUGAAAAUUUUAUUCGUGCAAAAUAUGAGGAGAAGCGAUGGGCUCCUAAGGAUGGGAAACAGGCAUCACCAUCCAGUAUACGUGAAGAGAGACCUCCACUCCAAUGGGGACAAUGUAGUGAUAGAAGUGGGCAUGGACAUACAAACAACUCUGUUCAUUUAUCAAAUGAAAGGAAAAAUGUUCAUACACCAAGUACUAAGCAAGGAACUUCAACGGCUAGAGUUAGUAUACCAGUGCCGCCCAAAGGACCAGAAAACGCAGCUCCUGAGUUGACACCACAAGAAAAUCAGAAAGCGGAGCCGGUAACAACAGCUGAACCUGCAAAACCAGCCACUGCCCCUAAACUUGAUUUUGCCACCGAUUUAUUCAACAUGCUUUCAAUGGAUGACCCAACUGAAGAUGGCUCAGAGGCAGUUGCUUCAGAUGAUAAUAUGUGGGCAGGUUUUCAGUCUGCUGCAGCAUCAAAAACUUCUGAAAAAACAGGGAUAACGAAAUCUGAAGAAAUCAAGCCCCAGUCAUCAUCUGGUGUUGAAGAAUUAUUUAAGGAUUCACCACCAAUUGUUCCUGCUAACACAUCAGAUAAGCCUAAAAAAGACAUUAAGAAUGACAUUAUGAGCCUUUUUGACAAGUCCAAUAUGGUGUCACCAUUUGCAAUGCACCAACAGCAGCUUGCUAUGCUGGCACAACAACAGUCUCUGCUAAUGGCUGCUGCUAAUGUUACUGGUGGCGCACUAAAAUUACAUGGGAAUUCACAAGUGACCACUGGAACCGCCAACGUAUCAAGCCAAGGCUGGCAGAAUCUUGGUUACCACCAGUUUCCGGGGAUUAUGAUGCCCACAGCUGUAAGGAGUGAAUCAGGAAAUUAUUUGCAGGCGGACACGACACUCACUCCAGACUUAGCUGGGAACUCAAUUCCGGUUUCAACUUCCAGCAUCUACACCGUGGGACAAAGUUCCUCAACCAAUGGCGUUGUGCCACCUGGAGCAAGUAAGCCGGUAGAGGCCUCAGUCUCUUCCAUUCCUACGCAGACCGCUAAAGAUUAUGACUUUUCAUCCUUGACACAAGGAAUGCUUUCAAAACGCUGAAAGCGCCCCGAAAUGGAAAUACCAUCAAGUGGAUCAAACUCCUCAACGCCCAUGGGAAUGGCGAAAACUUUGGGCAAAAAUCUGCAGAGACCGAACUCAUGUUGAGGACGCAGCUGAAGUUUUACGCAAUCCCAUCAUCACCUUCCCUCCUGGUUUUGUUUUGCAAAAUGUUACUGGACAAACACAACACAUUAUUAAGCAGAUACUCCAUAUAAUACUAAAAGGAUGAAAAUCAUUCAAAAAAUAGUAGUAGAAUACCUAAUCGUCGUUUAGUUUUUGGGGUCAUUUGGUUUCGAGGGAUGUCACACUACUUGAGGGAUGUUUGGAUCAUGGGGAUGUGUUUGGUUUAUGUUUGAUUAAAAUAGUUGUUUAAGACGCCACAUUCUGAUCAUC